AUGGAGAAACCUAGCCUAGUAUAUUCUCCAACAAAAGGAAAAGUCUACCGUUUUGUGUGCAAACUUUUCUCAAAAUUCUCUGAGAAUGUUUCUUCAGCUACAGCUCUAACUUCUUCAGGAUUUGAUAACUGGUCUCAUUCUGAAAUUAUUAAGACCCAUGAAAAUUCAAAAAGUCAUAUGGACUCUAUGUUGAUCUACUUAACAAGAAAAUGUGGUCAAAUGCUUACAACAAAACUUGAUGAGCAAAUCAAAGCAGACCAAGAAUAUUGGAGGCAUUAUGGAAAUAAAGGAACUGGCCAUCCAUCAUACCUAUCCAAAAUCAUAUAUGAAAAAGUUAUCCAGCCCGUGGCUAAAAACGUUCUUGAAGAAAUAGUGAAAGAAAUCAAAGAAGCAGGAUAUUUUAGUGUAUUGGUUGAUUCAACACCUGACGUUUCCAGUGUUGAUCAACUCACUGUAUUUGUUAGAUAUGUUUCUCCCUUUGAUGAAAUAUCGGUUGAACAACUUUUGACAUUUAUUGAACUGAAGAAUCACACAGGUGAAGGAAUGGAUGAAUUGAUGCUGAACUUCUUUGAAGAACUUGAAAUUAUUUUCAGUAAUUGCAGGGGUCAAUCAUAUGACAAUGCAGCUGGAAGGUAUAAUGAUGUUCAACUGAAAAUUCUGGAAAAGAAUAAGUUUGAAAAAUUUAUUCCCUAUGCUGGACAUUUCCUAAAUCUGGUUGGAAGAACUGCAGUUGACUCUCGGUUGGAUGCAGUGAAUUUCUUUGGCAUUGUCAAUGAACUUUAUUGCUUUUUCUCAGCCUCUAGAAGACCGUGA